AUGGAUCUCUCCGAUUACUUCUUGUUCUUCGCUAUGCGGCACCCCGUCCAACGGUGGGGUCUGUUUCUGGAAGACUUCAAGGAUGAGUGGAAGUUACCAGUAUGUCUGCGCGAGUCCGAUUGCAUGUGCCGGAGCAAACUUGAGAACGGCAAGCCAGGCCACGAGCGCGAGGGUAAACCAGAGCCCAAGCACGGGAGUGAGCCAGAGCACGAGCAUGAGGGCGCAUUAGAGUGCGAGCACGCGACCAGACCAGAGCGCAAGAAUAGACCAGGAGGUAAGCACGACAGCGAAGAAGCGCGCAACCACAAGGGUAGAGAAGGGCCCUCUACUACACCGUUGGAGACAGCAGACGAUGCCACAGACACACCAGUGCCUGCCGGGCCACCGAGGCCAUCUGAGUCGGAACUUAGGAGCCGGAUUGCAGAGUGGUCGAGAUUAGUUCAACAACAUGACGAAAGCCAGUUGAAAACCGGCAAGCAGUCUCGGCGCACCACAACUCGUAACAGGGAAGAUUCCGCUGAAUCUAACUCACAACAGAAUUAUACUCGCCAGCAGCGAGGGCCGAGUCGUAGAGUUGCUCCAGGCGAUAAAGCCCGAGAUUUCGCCCCAUGCAUCCAAUCACGAACACGAAGUGAUGUGUAUCCCAGGGGACAGCCAUUACCGGCUAUAUCGUCGAGCCAGGCGCCUGCUCCAACGCCUGCUUCUGGGACUCAUCACUUCUCCGCGAGCGCAGGACAGAGCCCGAGCACAGGGCAGAACCCGCGCGCAGGACUCAGCCAACAUCAACAAAUGUUUCUUGUUGCGCCGAGGCCAGAACUGCGCCCGAAAAGGUAUCCAGCACUGGAUCAACAUGCUUCAGACACCCAUCGCCCGUCCUCUGCAAUUCCUACAGCCAUAAGACCAGGACCGCGAGGCUUUCAGUCUCAUAGUGCGUCUAGGCCGCCGCGCGCCCACAGGCAAUCAUCAAGACAAGCAGACUCAAUCAUCCCUGGACAUGGAGCCGAAGAUGAAGCUCUGCGUACCACUGCAGGCACCGCAGCGCCAUUAGGGAGCUCGCAGUCUUUCCGGACCCAUCACCUCCGUCGCCAGGGCGGGCAGCUUGACUUGCGCCACCCAACUGGUUCACGGGACGAUAGGAAUUGCCUAUCUCGUCAGCCAUAUCCAUCAUCAGUUAACACAACAAACAUUCGUACCUUUGGCGCCCUCGCAGAGCAUGACCCUUCGCGUAACCCUGCCGCCGCCUUUCAGAUCCUAACAGCUGAGCCGACUGCGCUAGAAGCGCGUCCGUUGUGUCUCGGUCUCACCAAACCACCAAACCAAACCACACUUCCACACUUCCACACUUCCACAACCACCAUGCCUCGCGGAGUCGAAUACGCCAAGGACAACCAAGUCUCCGACAACACCUUCGAAGCCGGAAACACCAAAGUCCACGGCACAAACCCGGACCACGACACCCUCAACCGCGCGACCCGCACCGCCGAGAUGCCCGAGGUGACCGGCUCCUCGGAGCCCUACAGCGGCCAGGCGCGGUACAAGAACCACAGCGGCAGCGGGAAGGGCGGCCACGAGCCUAACACGCUGGGCGAGAUGAAGGGUCUUGGUGCGCAGCCUGGUGUUUAA